AUGUUACGAAAUUCGGAGAGGGGAUUUGAGGGUGGUCGAGCCCUUUGGUACCCCCGUGGUUUGGAUGCCUUGAUGAUGGAAGCCCUUGCGUGCAGGGAUGGAAUUCAGCUGGCAAGGUCGAAGGGAGUCUCAAAAUUGCUAGUGGAAACCGACUGUGAGAUGCUAGCCAAGCUGUGGGAGAAGAGGACUUUCAUGCGAUCACAUAUAGCGCUGAUUCUUAGCGAGAUGCUAGAGCUUAGCACAAGUUUUACUGAUUUUUCUUUGAUGUAUGCUCCUCGAUCAUGUAAUCGUGUAGCGUACUUGUUAUGUAAGCAGGUCACGGGUGACGACAGGUUGGGAGAGUGGCAAAUAGCCCCAACUUGCAUCGAUCGCCUGCUGGCUGAAGAUUGUAAUCCUGAUAUUCAGUGA